AUGUCCCAAGGACAGCAGACGGGCGGCGCAGGGUCAGCCUCGAGCGAAGGGUCAUGGCACUCCCCCGGUGAUGACUGGGCGCACAUCCAAGAUCCGACCGAGCGGCGCAAGAUCCAGAACAAGUUGGCUCAAAGGAAAUACCGGCAGAAAGCGAAGGACGAGCGCGAAGAAAAGGAGAGGAACACGACGAACCAGCAGUUGGCCGGUGGUGCCUACAGUCUGCCGGCGCCCGGAGACUGUGAGCCAUAUCCGGGCCGGCAGUUGUCAGGCCUUCCUUGGGGAGGGGUGUCGAUGAGCCACAUGGUCGAAUCGGGCAAAUCCAAGGAGCAGAGCUCAUUUGAUAGCUCGCGCGAGACGUCGGUGUACGCCUCGGGGUCUCGGACUGGGGGAAGCUCGCGGUAA